UCGAGCGUGCGGCCGCUACUAUGAGCAAGUGGGACCUGGCACCCGCGGCCGCUGCUCCAGCAGACAUGUCCGCCGCCGUCGUCUACAACGUUGGGGCCAAGGCCGAGGAAAAACACCACAAUGAGGAGGAAGACGUAGGCGACGUCGACGAUUUAGUUGAUGGAUCAGCUCCAGAGGACGCCAAGAAGAAGAAGAAAAAGAAAAAGAAGAAGAAGGCAGCUGGUGGUGUGAGCUCGGUAAACGUCCCAGAUGGAGACGACGAUCGGGCCGUCAACGGUGUGGCGGAUAACAUAGCCAAGAUUAAUAUAGAGGUGGAUGAUGAAGAGGAGGGUGAAGGUGGCGUUGAGGGAGAGGAUGGAAGUAACAAGAAGAAAAAGAAGAACAAGAAAAAGAAGAAGGGAGGAGUGGGGAUAAUUGGAGGACCUUGUGUGCAGCAGACUGACCCACCAUCAAUCCCAGUGGCAGAUCUUUACCCUGAUGGUAAUCCUCCAAUCGGAGAAAUUUGUGAAUACAAGAUUAAAAAGGAUGAUAGAACUGCUAUCAAUCGAAUGACAUCUCAGGAAAAGAAAGCUCUUGAAACUUCGUAUGAAGACAUGUAUCGUGAAAUUCGAAUUGGUGCAGAAGUUCAUCGCACAACUCGCAAAUAUUUUCAAAAGAUUGUUAAGCCAGGGAUGACCAUGAUUGAAAUUUGCAACAUUAUUGAAAACACCAAUCGUAAACUGAUCAAGGAGAAUGGUCUUGAAGCGGGGCUGGCAUUUCCCACAGGCUGCUCAAUCAAUCACUGUGCUGCUCAUUAUACUCCCAAUGCCGGAGACACGACAGUUCUUUCAUAUGAUGAUGUUUGCAAGAUUGACUACGGAGUUCACAUUAAUGGCCGGGUGAUUGAUUGUGCAUUUACACUUACUUUUGAUAACAAGUAUGACAAGUUAGUGGAGGCCGUCCGUGCUGCUACCAACACUGGCAUUCGGGAAGCUGGCAUUGAUGCCCGUCUUUGUGAUAUUGGGGAAGCUAUUCAAGAAACUAUGGAAAGUUAUGAAGUUGAGUUAGCUGGCAAAACAUACCAAGUAAAAUGCAUUCGUAACUUGAAUGGACACUCAAUCGCUCCAUAUAGAAUACAUGCUGGGAAGACGGUGCCCAUUGUAAAGGGAGGUGAAGCCGAGAUUAUGGAAGAGAAUGAAGUUUAUGCCAUAGAAACAUUUGGCUCUACUGGUCGUGGUUAUGUUCAUGAUGACAUGGAAACCUCUCAUUACAUGAAAAACUUUGAUGUUGGACAUGUUCCUCUUCGAUUGACGAAGUCUAAACACCUGCUAAAUGUGAUCAACCAAAACUUCGGCACACUGGCCUUCUGCCGUCGUUGGUUGGACCGCUUGGGAGAAAGCAAGUACCUGAUGGCCCUCAAAGAUCUCUGUGAUAAGGGGAUUGUGGACCCAUACCCUCCACUCUGUGAUGUGAAGGGCUGCUACACUGCACAGUUUGAGCACACUAUUGUUCUACGACCCACCUGCAAAGAGGUGGUGACUCGUGGUGAUGAUUAUUAAUACGCUCAUUCUUCAUUACUCUUACCACAAUCAUUAGAUGAGUGAAAAGUGGACCCCAGAACUCUGUCAUGGAAAAAAUAUUACGAAGAAUAUUUUAAGAAAUUUUAAUGCCACUUAUUAUUUGUAGUAGUUUAUAGCCUCCAAUAGAUAACUUGCUUGUUAGAGUUCUGGCCUCCAGAGAGAUGAUGAAUGAUGGCUAUUUUAUCUGCUGCUGCUGUGGGCAAUGCUCAAGUAAUUCUUAAAUUUUUCAUUUUACAUUUGUCUUUGUAGGUAAGUGGCGUCUCGGGCAUAAUACUUAGACAAGAUGCUAUCAUAACUAAUUCUCUACAUUACAGUAUUACUUAUGGGUUUAUUUGAAUAUCUAAUCAUUAUUUCAAUAAUGGACAAAUAUUUUUUAAUAAAACCCAACAAAUUGUUUGCUGUAACUUGAAUCAAAUAUUACAUAAAGUUGUACAGUAUAUACAUAAAACUUCUUAAGACAGUAUUUUAACCACAUAAUGUGUGCUUUAUUCAUAAUCAAUUUAAGGCAAAUGUAUAGGUUUAUAUUAAUAUGUAUUGUAAUUGCGGUUGGUAAAAACUUGGGUUGUUUCUUAAAAUCCAACCACCUAGGUUAGAGUAAGUUGGGUUAAUUAACAUUAAUCUUUAUUAAUCUAUCUAAUCAAUAGAUAAUAAAAAUGCAAGUUAUUUAUCAUUUGUAAGGAAUCAUUUGCACUUUUUUUUGUAAAGUUUGAAUGUUCACAUUAUGUGUGCCUCGAGUAAAUGUCUCAUAGUCAUUGUGCACAUUGCUACUGUGUUGCAUAAGAGAAAUGAAAUGCAGAGUUUUGCUUCUUUCUUUCCUGGGAGGUAAGGCCACAAAUUUUCUAAAGUGUUGGGAAUAUAAAUGCUAUUCCUAAAAAAUCAUUGUAAGCUG